AUGCAAAAAAAUUGUAAUUUUAAAAUCACGCUUGAUAAGUCGCACUUUAUCACAAACGAGAUAAUAUCUGGGAAAAUACACUUGGAGCUGCUAGAACCGAUCAAUUUACACACAAUUUACAUUCAUUUCUACAAAAAAUUUGAUUGUGAAUUUGAAGUGAACCGAAACGACUCCUCGUUUCAUAAAAAAUGGUACAAGACUGAAAGAACGAUAUACAGCAAAGAAAUAGUGAUCUAUGAAUCUUUUAGGCAUGUCAAUAAAUUAGGGAGUGGCUAUCACGUGUUUCCAUUUAAAAUCACGCUUAGACCGAAGGACAGUGGUACAUGCACCCUAUCACAGUAUGUGGACAAUUUUUACGCAGAAGCGAACAGCUACUACGGAAUAGAUGCGUUUCUGAAGGUAGAAGGGGUGUUCAAGCCCGUUCUCACAGAUAAUGUGCGUGUAGAGAUGCGAACAUACCACCAGAAAACGAGAAAAAUCACAGACACGAUUAAUAUCACGUCAUGUCUGUGCCUGAUGUCCACUAACCUGAUCAUUAUUGGUCAUACGGACAAGGAUAAGUAUUCAACAACCGAUGCCAUCUCAUUUUUUACGCGCCUUUCCAACAACACCUAUGGUAUCAAAAGUGUCAAAUUACGGCUUUACUGCCAUCUCACACUCAGAACAAAGAACAACGUCGUGAACAAAACAAAACUCGUUGCUUCAUCUGAUAGAUCAAUCAUAGAGCUCAAUGAGUGCAAAACAAUGAUAAAAAUACCGAGUAAUGCUGCACCUACGGUAUAUGAGAAGUACCUGUGUGUUUAUUACACGUUGAGUGCGAUCGUGCACAUCAAUAGAACGUCACCGAUUGUUAUCGAAAGAAAGGUGUUCAUUUACAGAGAGCCGAGAAGAGAAGAGCCGUUUUGUUCCAUAGGAGCAUUCAAAGGAAUCACCUUUCCGAGUGUGUAUAUAAACAUUGAUUGAUGAAGAAUAACCCGAGUACAUGUAAAAGACAUCCAAAAAGAAUCUUUCUGAUCAUUACAGAUAUUAUGGAGCAGGAAAUAGACUGUAACAGUGGUGAUCAAUACCACCGUAGCGUUUAAUCAAAUUUGAGCGGUCAUCGGUAGUAAAUUGAUCUGCGUUAUCUUGCGGUAUUCCUGGAUUGUUUGUUCUGAGAGGAUCGAUGAGAUGCCGAUCAAAAUUUAGCAGAAAAGUGUGUUUAACAAACGAGGAUACGUUGAGGGAUCAGUAGAUUAUGAAUAUGAUAAAAAUGUAAAAUUGAACCAGUUCUGGUAACAAUACGUAAAAUUGCACGAAAAAAUGGUAAAUCACAGAAAAAAGAAAAAAUGUAAAUGAACAACAUCACAUAGUCACAGUAACAUGCACCAACAUAGUUUUGUAUGGUUAACAUGAAUUCUAAGACAAAUAACGAGA